AGUUACAAUCCCUAAAUCUUGGCAAUCCAGGAUGAAAAGUUCCAAAGGUUAUCAUGGACAACCCAUGGCUCCUGUUCAGUAUUCAAUCAUUGGCAUGUGCACAAAAGUCUGCCUCAGUAUUAUCAAUGUUUUGCUUGGGAUAUUGGGUUUUGCUGUGGUCUUAUUUGGAGGCUAUGGUCUUUACCUCAGCACAGUAGUUGAAGACAACAUACGUAUUGACCUGGAGUUCCUGUAUUUACUUGGUACCAACGUGUCGGGGGCUAUGGUUCCGCUUGGUACUGCUCUGGUGGUAGUUGCAGUGUCUGGAUGCCUUGGAGCUUGUCAAGAGAAUCUGCCACUCCUCAAAUUGUACAUGUGGGUGUUGGGCAUCUUCCUGAUCAUUGAAAUAUCUGUGAUUGUUGGGAGCUUCUUGCUCGUUUGGAAGGCGGAUGAAGUGAUGGAGACGUCCUUGUCUCGCUCGCUUGUUGACGAUUACAGACCGAGCUCUCAGGAUGUUCUUGAUUUUCUUCAAUCAAAGGUUGAGUGUUGUGGCCUGAGUAUGGAUGGGUACCAGGACUAUGAACGCAACCCGCUGUACAACUGCAACGACAUGAACCAGAACCUGCAGCGGUGCUCAGUCCCAGGCUCGUGCUGUCUACCACCUCACCUGCGCCUCUCUGCCCCCACCAUCUCUGCCGUUAUCAGCAACGAUUCCUUCAGCUGCGGUCAGGGCGCUCUGCUGCUGGAU